AUGGAUGAUGAGUUUUCCGACGCCGGAUUCGACGACCUGAACGACUCGGUGCUGCAACAGCUCGAGAACAACGCGAUUCAGUUUACCCAAGCCCAAGUACUCGCCCAGUCGCAAGCCGCACCAAGACCACAACAGGAGGAUGCCUUUGACUACGAAUUCGAUGAUGAUGACCUUGACGAUACCGUCGUAAUUGACGAGCUCGCCCAACCCCCGCCCCGGCCUCCGCUACCACAAGCACUGCCAAAUCAACAACCCCGCUAUGGCACCGCCCGACACGGUGACAACACACAACGGUGGAAUCAACAUCUUCCGCCGUCGCGGCCGAGCGUUCCCGCGCGCCCGCAAUAUCCGCCAGCGCAGCACCGGGUGCCUCCCCAGUCGGUUGCCUCUCAACGGUAUCCUCCACGGCCAUCACAGCAGUAUUCGCUACCUUCACAUCACCAGCCGAAACAACCUCCCCAACCGUCCCAGUUUGCUCGCCCCGCUCCCCCGGUCCACCCUUAUACGGCCCUCCCGCAGCCGCGCGGCCCGGACGGUACAGCGAACCAAGAUGGAAUUGUGGCAACGCUUCGGGCGCAGUUAUCCUUGCUCGAGUCCGACUUGACGGCUGCCAAAGGCGAAGCGUCCAUUUUACGAUCCAAGUACGACAAGGCCCUCGCUACCCAUGAGGCUGAUGUCGCGCGCCUCAAAAAGGAGAACGCUGAGCAAUUGGCUAAGCAUGAGCGCAUCGCGGAUCAGGCGCGGACGGCAGAGCGCACCACCGCUACCGAACUCCAAUUCGCCCGCCAGGACCUUAGAGAGGAACUCGGACGAGUGAAGUCGAGACGGAAAGAUGCUCCUGCGACUCCAAGAAAGGAUCGGAAAUGGGGGAUGGGCGAUGGAUUUGAUGGCGCGGAGGUUCUUUCCAGUCCGACGAAGUCACAGCUUUUCAAGCGGAAAGAUCCCGGUUCACCUGCUGCUCCCGUGUUCGAGCGAACACCCACGAAAGGGAAACGGAAGCGCCCUGCCGUUAGCAGCCCUACCUUCACGUUGGAGAUCGAUGGAGACGACGCUGGCGUUGACGGCGGCCAUGUAUCGUCCGCUGUGCGUGUUCCCCCGCCCUUGGUCGCGAAACAACACCCUUUCGAUUUUCUAAGGCUAUUACUAGACCAAACCACCACCCAUGGUCAAUCACCGACGUUCGAGCUUCUCUCACAUUAUCACUUCCCAUCGGAUAGACAACACUCACUGGCAUCUAUGCUCCUUCAGAAGCUGCCACAGAUGGGAAACAUUGGGGAACCAUUGAGUCUCCUGGUCGAGUUCGCCGAUACCGUCAUCGAAAUGUGGCAUCGUUGUCUUUCUGAGAGGUAUCACGCGCCCAUAUCAGAUCUUAUUUCCCUGCUCCUACACACCUUGAGCCUACAUGCAGUUGAAGUUGUUCCUCAUCUUAUCGCGUCACUGGUACCGGUGUGUGCAACGACCUGCCGGCUUGUUGUGCUCCCACGCCUGAACACCGCCGACGGGAAUAUAUCCGACCACCCUGACGUCACUGUACGCCAGCUGUGUCUCAGUAUUAACGUCGCCCAGUGCCUCUCGCUUCUCUACCUUGCGGCUUUGGCUUGCCUUCCACAGCCUCGGCAUGAGGCAGAAUCAGCCGAGUUUGGAAUCUCUGACCCGCAGGGAGACUUUUGGCGAGCCAUGGAGCUAGAUUUUAUUUUGACAAUGCUCUCUCCUAAACAACCGGAAACAGAUUGGAUGGCAAUGAUGACCCUGCUGAGGACGUCGGUUUCCCGGAGCAGUAUUGGACCAGCUGUUUCAUCGCCCGCCGGCUCGGGGGCUGACAGACGAGACCCUAGAAUAGGUUCUUCGACCGCCACCCUGCUGGACUGCGUUUCGACGUUUCUUUACGAGCCCCCACUAUGGGCCACCAGUGGGCUUGUCAAGGAUAUCGCGGCUCGGUCCGCCGCUCUUGGAACUCUGACGGCAUUCGCGACCAGCCAGUUCGGCCUAUUACAAAUCGCGAUGAGCGACGUUGCCAUCCCACGGCUUGUCACUGUAUUGUGCUGGGCAGUGGACCGUUUGUAUGACGCCGACUCGCCUUUGACUGCGAAAAGGGUUGAUAACAUGGAUGCUCCCGGGCUGGGAGACAAGAUGGAUAUAGACAACCCGGAGACGAUGGCACAGAAGGGACCAAAGACACAAGACAUGGCAAGCGAUCCGCCGGCUACGGCCGACUCAAACCUGGAUGUUGUAUCCGAUACCUCGAGCCUUCUCGCCCGCCUCGUGUCACAGGCGACCUGGUUACUGCACCUGAUUGUCACCAGUCCCGAAACCGCGGACGUGGCCAACACGUCUGCAAAGCUGGCGGCGUCGUACGGCGGAUCUCAGCGUUACUUCCUCACCUUGGCGAGGCUCAACUUUGCGGAGGAGGAUCUGGUAUUGGAGGCUGGCAUUGAUGUAGAUACGGUGGAACUCGCCCAUGAGCUUCUUGAAUUGGCCGUGACGCCGGACGAGGGGGAGGAAAUCAGCGAGGUGUUUUAUUGA